CCUUCAGCGCGCCGCCGCCGUGCUGUUAUUGCCGAUGGAAACCUCGGGGCGACACGGCGCCUCCGGCUGCUACACCCCUCCCGCGGCAGACAGGCUCUGGAGGCAGCGCUCCUCUCCGGCACCUGUUGUGUCCGCCUUCUUGCCGCGCGGCGGCCACGGUGGCCAGGCGCGAAGAAAGAUCAGGAGCGCGCGUCUGGGCGGGAUUGGGAAGGUUGGGCACCGCAACGGCGAGGAGGCGGAGUUGGGCCCUGCUGCCUUGCCAGGCGGCGGCAUGGGGUUCGCGCGAGCGCUGUGGAUGCGGAUCGUCACGAAGGUGAUGAGCCGGAGGGGUUCCUCCGUGAAGGAGCGGUACGCGCAGGAGGAUUACGAGCAAAACUUCGACGAGGGCGACGCGGCUGGGGAGCCCGAGAACCUCCCGCGGUCCUUCUCCGCGCGGUACGCCCGCCGGCGUCCUGCUGGGAUGGCGUUCUCGGAUAUAGCUCACCGCCGGCAUUUGCAUCCUGAUUGUGGGUAAUUAAAUCUUGUGAGGAGUUUGUGGACGUGAGAAACGAUCGCGUCAUCGACUCAUGGGUGUAGCUCAGACUGGUCUCUAUCUUUGAAGAAAAAAGAAUACUACCUCCUUUUCGGUUUACAAGUCCUACGCGUAU